AUGUUAAUAUUUUUAUUACAAAUAAUCUCAGCGACUUAUUUGUCAAUCAUAUCAGAAGAUAGCAAAUUGGCAUCCAUCCAAAUAAUACAGCCGAAAUCAGGAAACACAAAACGAUUGGUUUAUAGAUUGGGAACAGAAGAUGAGUAAUAAAAUAACAAAAUAUUUAUUAAGAUAAUGUAUAAUCAGUGUAAACGGGGAACCAUUGUUUACAUACAAAAUCAACGAUCACGAGUUCGAGAUCUUGACAGGAUUUUCAACUUCAGAUGGAGUCAAGAUAAUAGAUCCAGAGAACAAAUUUUAUUUCCGAGAUCUUCAAUAGCCAAUGUUAUUCGUUUUAGAUGAUUUCGAGAUUCCAUUAGAUGGUUGGAGUGAUACAAGGGUUUCUUAAUGUUAGACAAUCCAGAACUAUUUCUUGGGGGGACCAUGCUACUUUUCAAACAAUACAGUCUCUAAAACUUUUGUAGGUUUGCCAUCUCAUGAAUACAUUACAAUUUCCUUUAACUUCCACUUCAUUGAUUAAUGGUAGGGAGAAAUCGGAUAGUUAAAGGUGGAUAAACUGAUUGUAUGGUAGGAUACGUAUAAUUGGUGUGAUAAAGUUAUGCCUUGGUUAUGUUAUAAGCAAGGAAUCAACAGUUGUGGAGGUGAGGCUCCAGAUUAAAUAGGAUAAGCUAUUAGACUCACUUUAUAUCACAUAAAUUCAUUUGUGAAUUUGGAGUUCUCUACAACUUUGGGGAAGAAAGACGCAUGUUAGGCAUCAUGGGGAAUUGAUAAUGUUGCUAUUUAUGUAUAUUGA